GAACCGUUUUAACUCAGAUCCAGUUUUGAAAUUAUAUUUAUUAAAAUGACGUUAAAAGUGUUAAUUCUAAUAUGCUUAGCUUUUUCUAUGGGUAACGCUCAAGAAAAUUCGGAACCCAAUUUGACUUACGAUGAAAGGUUUGUGCACUUAGGACCAAGCUCUAUACACUCUAUUAAGGGUAAGUUUUAUGAAGAAAGACAAAGAAAAAUUAUCUCAAAACCUGUUCUUAACUACGACAUUCAAUCACAAAAAAUAUUAACAAAUAUUUCAAAGCCAGAACAACAAAGGUCGAAUGAAAGGAUUAUUUUUCGACGAAACGAAGAUAGUGAGAAUAAAAAUAGUAGAGAUGAUAUAAAAGAACCAAAAUUAAAAGCUUACAAUACUUCGAAUGUUUCUAAACUAAACAUAAAAAAAGAUGUAUCUAAGAAUUUACCGGAAACACAAGAAUAUAAUUCAGAUUCAACUCUAUUAGGGUCAGUUGAACCAACAUUGAUUCUUAAUCUGAAAGAACCAUUAAAUUCGAAUUUUCACGCCGAAAAUUCUGUCUCAAGUUAUGAUAAGAACAACACCAUAGAAACGAUUAAAAAAGAGUUAGCAUUUGACUCACUGUUAAUUAGGAAUGAUUUCAACAACAUGAGUAGGAAUCAGGCUCCUAGAAAUAUUAUGAGUUCGUAUAUGAGUGAAGAGAUUAAUCCUGAAACAGUUGUUUUUGACAAUCCAGAAAGUAGAAUCGAGCUGCAGGGAGACGAACCUAGUCGAAGAUCAGAAACCAAUGCAUAUAAUGAACCUAAUCAAAGAUUAGGGACCGGUGCAUAUAAUGAACCUCGACCGAACGAUCCUUUUCAAAUACCGAGAGCUGAGAAUAUUAUACCUAUUACACGUAAUUUUGAUGAUAAUGAUGAUAAUAACCUCCUAAAUAAUAUCAAUUCCCCCACCACCGUACCAUUAAGAGAAACUAACUAUAAUGUCAUAGAUAAACACACUUGUGACGAUAAAGAAAGUGACGAAACUAUGGAAAGAAGUGGUAACAAUAUACAAUUACAAGACCCAACAAAAGGAUUCGGUAUUUCAAAUUUAGGAAAAUCCCGUGUUAUGUUGAUGGAUCACCCGAGAGUGUGCUAUGCUUGUAGCAGCAUAAAUGAUCCUUCCUGCUGGUCUCCUGAUAGAAAAACGGCUGUGAAGUAUUGCCGUACAGACCAUCUAUCCUGUUUAACGAAACUUUACAAAUACAAAGGUUUAUCUUACAUAAUACGGGACUGUGGCAACACUUGCAACCAGCAUGCUUCAGUUGGAGGUCCCAAUAAGUACACCUCUUGUACCAUCUGUCACCAUGACCUAUGUAACAGUGCAUACCAUUUUAAAAUUUCUAGUGUUGCGAUCUUUAUGUAUUUAAUCGUUCAAUCUCUUUGUAUUAAAUAUUUAUUUUAAUUAAAGUGUUCGAUCUGUAUAAAUUAACUCCUUAGGAAUAAACUCGGUAGCUUGUAAUCCAGCUGCUGAACCUGUCGUCUGUCAGUUUGUCAUAAGACAAAAAUAAACGA